AUGGGUAAGUUCAUGAAAUCAGGCAAAGUUGUGCUCAUACUAGGAGGAAAAUAUGCUGGACGGAAAGCAAUAAUCGUCAAAAAUUAUGAUGAUGGCACCUCUGAGAAACAAUACAGUCAUGCUCUCGUCGCUGGGAUCAGCAGAUACCCUCUGGCUGUCACCAAAAAGAUGAACAAAAAGAAGAUCAAAACAAGGUCCAAGAUUAAGCCAUUCAUUAGAGUCUACAACUAUAAUCACUUGAUGCCAACUCGUUAUACAGUUGAGGUGAACUUGGACAAGCAAUUGGUUAACAAGGAUGCAUUCAGAGAUCCAGCCCUUCGAUCCAAAGCCAGGAGGGAAAUCAAAGCCAAGUUUGAAGAAAGAUACAAGACAGGCAAGAACAGAUGGUUCUUCCAGAAGUUGAGGUUCUGA